GGUCAUAACUGGCUCUCACAGCAGUUCGAAUGAAAUGACACCUAUUUAAAAUUUGAAAACUAUCGUAAAAAAAAAUUUCAGCAAAUUAACUGUCAAAGAAUUAUUGAAAAAGGAGAAAACAUAAAAAUAAUGCCAGCUGUUGGAAUAGAUUUAGGAACUACAUAUUCUUGUGUGGGUGUUUGGCAGCAUGGGAAUGUGGAUAUAAUUGCAAACGACCAGGGUAACCGUACCACACCAUCCUAUGUAGCCUUUACAGAUUCAGAACGUCUUAUUGGUGAUGCUGCGAAGAAUCAGGUUGCGCUUAAUCCAAGCAACACCAUUUUUGAUGCAAAACGUUUAAUAGGUCGGAAAUAUGAUGAUCCAAAGAUCCAACAAGACAUCAAACAUUGGCCUUUUAAAGUUGUCAAUGAUGGUGGUAAGCCCAAGAUACAAGUAGAGUAUAAAGGAAAGUUGAAGCGUUUCGCCCCUGAAGAGAUCAGUAGCAUGGUUCUAACUAAAAUGAAGGACAUAGCAGAGGCAUACUUAGGUUCGGCAGUUAAAGACGCAGUAAUUACAGUUCCAGCUUACUUUAAUGAUUCUCAAAGGCAAGCUACCAAAGAUGCUGGGGCGAUUGCAGGCUUACACGUAUUAAGAAUAAUAAACGAGCCUACAGCAGCUGCUUUGGCUUAUGGACUCGAUAAAGAUUUGAAAGGCGAGAGAAACGUCCUUAUUUUUGAUCUUGGAGGUGGUACUUUUGACGUAUCAAUACUUACUAUUGAUGAAGGAUCUUUAUUUGAAGUUAAAGCUACAGCUGGAGACACCCAUCUCGGUGGCGAAGAUUUUGAUAUAGUAAAUUUCUUAGCUGAUGAAUUCAAAGAAAGCAUAAGAAAGAUAUUAGAAACAAUUCUAAAGUGUAUUUCUGACUGA